GGUGUUCUCAACCGUGGAACUAAAUGUUGGCCAAACGCGUGUUUCACUGGGACAAUAGUGAAUGGUGCACACUUCCUUCGCCAAGCCACAGAACAAAAAGUCACAUUUAAGAGUUGCUGGUGUAACAAUUGGAAGAACAUAUUUCACUUCUCUCUUCUACAUGCGGCUAAUGAGCAUUCUUGUGACCCAAGGAGUGAGGAUUAUGCCCAAAAUAUCAGCUAAACGGAGCGAACAUGUCAUGUGCUGAAAGAUAUAAACAUCCCAUCAGUCGGCAUCCCAGUGAGAGCAGACAUUGUACAACGUCUGUGAAGAACAUCUUCACCCUGAGCAACAUAAGAGGAGCUUCAGGAUGGUAACGGAGGAGCCACAGCCCUCCCACAUUAAGAAGGAAGAGGAAUACCCACUGAUGCCACAUUUUACAAAGGAAGAGGAGGACCCACUGACUCCUCGCACCAAGGAGGAAGAGGACCCACUGACCCCUCACAUUAAGGAGAAAGAGGAGGACCCACUGACCCCUCACAUUAAAGAGGAAGAGGAGAAACCACUGACCUCUCACAUUAAGGAGGAAGAGGAGGACCCACUGACCCCUCACAUUAAGGAAGAAGAGGAGUACCCACUGACUCCUCACAUUAAGGAAGAAGAGGAGUACCCACUGACCCCUCACAUUAAGGAAGAAGAGGAGGACCCACUGACCCCUCACAUUAAGGAGGAAGAGGAGGAACACAGCAUCAGUCAGGAGAGAGAGGAUCUUGAAGGGCUGGAGGAAGUUGAUGUCACCAAGAUGCCAUUGACUGGUGUGAUUGUGAAGAGUGAAGAUGAUGAUGUCAAAGGUGAAAGUGAGGAGAAGAGAGAGGCGGAGCCUCCAAGCAGCAGCUCAACUCAACACAUGACAACAGAAGCUGAUGGAGACCACUGUGGAGGAUCACAAGCAGACAAGAUCUUAGCUCCACUAUCAGAUAGUGACGACACAACGUCUCACUCUCCUGACACUGAUGAUGAAGACUCUGAAGAUGAUAAGACAUGUCACACUGACAACACACGCUUUACAUGUUCUCACUGUGACAAAACUUUUAAAUGGCGUAGUAAUCUGAAAGUACACAUGCGAAUACACACUGGAGAAAAACCCUUUUCCUGCACAGAAUGUGGUAAAAGAUUUGCACAAAAUAGUAUUCUGAAAAUACAUACAAGAAUGCACACUGGAGAAAAACCGUAUUCCUGUUCAGUCUGUGGUAAAGGUUUUGCACGAAAUGAUUAUCUGAAAAUGCACAUGGGAUUGCACACAGGAGAAAAACCCUUUUCCUGUUCAGUCUGCGGUAAAGAUUUUGCACGAAAUAGUCAUCUGAAAAUACACGUAAGAUUGCACACUGGAGAAAAAUCAUUUAUCUGUUCAGUCUGCGGUAAAGGUUUUGCACAACAGAGUAAUCUGAAAAGACACACAAGAAUGCACACUGGAGAAAAAAACAUUUUCAUGUCCAGUCUGUAGUAAAGGUUUUAUAUAGGGAUGUCCGAUAAUGGCUUUUUGCCGAUAUCCGAUAUUCCGAUAUUGACCAAACCCUUAAUUACCGAUACCGAUAUCAACCGAUACCGAUAUCAACCGAUAUAUACAGUCGUGGAAUUAACACAUUAUUAUGCCUAAUUUGGACAACCAGGUAUGGUGAAGAUAAGGUCCUUUUUAAAAAUAAAAAAAAUAAGAUAAAUACAUUUAAAAAAAAUUAUUGAAUAAAAAAGAAAGUAAAACAAUAUAAAAACAGUUACAUAGAAACUAGUAAUUAAUGAAAAUGAGUAAAAUUAACUGUUAAAGGUUAGUACUAUUAGUGGACCAGCAGCACGCACAAUCAUGUGUGCUUACGGACUGUAUCCCUUGCAGACUGUAUUGAUAUAUAUUGAUAUAUAAUGUAGGAACCAGAAUAUUAAUAACAGAAACAAUUCUUUUGUGUGAAUGAGUGUAAAUGGGGGAGGAAGGUUUUUUGGGUUGGUGUAUUAAUUGUAAGUGUAUCUUGUGUUUUUUAUGUUGAUAUAAUACAAAAAAAAAUACAAAAAAAAUACCGAUAAUAAAAAAAACGAUACCGACAAUUUCCGAUAUUACAUUUUAAAGCAUUUAUCGGCCGAUAAUAUCGGCAGGCCGAUAUUAUCGGACAUCUCUAGUUUUAUACAAAGUAAGACUCUUUAAAGUGCACUGGAGACAAACCAUUCACCAAGGAGGCAUUAUUGAUAAUGCAGAGCAGAAAGCACACUGGUGAAAAUCCUUUUAUCAGCUCAGUCUGCUUUAAAGGUUUCAUAGACAGUCUAACUUUGAAAAGACUCUUGAAAAGACACACACUCAAGAGAAACUAUUUAGUUGCAGUGUGUGUGUGAUGAAAGAUUCCCUAAGUGUGUAAGACACACAAGCGUGCGGAUGAGAACAGCAGCAGCAAAUGAAGACGCAGGAUGUUUUGUCAUUGUUCUGUGUGUUACAAGCUUGACAAAUUGCUUCUAACUUUUAUGUUCCAACACGUUCACCUUUGCAUGCUAAGAGCAUUUUUGAACUGUUUGCGGUCUAUAGUGUUCAUUUUUGUUUGGUAACUGACAGACCAUGAGAGAUUAUCAUCACACUUCAACAUCUCUAACAUGUAAAUGUAAAAUGUAAAUGUAAAAAUGUUCUUAAAUGUUUUACCCCGGAUGAAUAGAUGUUAAAUAAAUACAUGUAAACUCGGAAGUAAAUGUUUAUAUACUACAUUACCCAGAAUGGUUAGUGCUCUAGACAGGUACAGGAAGUAGGUUUAAGUUAUGUUGGAGGACAACAUUUGUGCCGUUUGAUCAAUAAAGAGUUGAUAUAUUCUUACAUGUUGUUGUUCCUGCUUUGUCUACACAAGAAACACAUUUGGAUA